CCUACAAGAUGCAAAGAGUCACACGUGUUGGGUAAGGGUAUUGGAGCUGGGAGGAAUUUGGCCCAGUCUGAACUGACCAACUCCACUUAAAGCAGGAGGACGUUUAUCCCCUCAUAGGAAGAAAAAAGCUGAAGGGAAUGAAUGCUGACAGCGAACAAAAGCUGAGGGUACAGAGGUGCCCAUCCUCCUGGGAUACAUUCCCAUCAGCCCUGCCUGCCCUCAGUGCACACAGAUCCUGCAACCUUAGAGGCUUGUGUGCAUCCUAUGCUCUGAAAGAGGCCUGGUGGGAAUCUCUACCACGCCUUGCAUCCUGAUUUUUAUCUAAGCAGCCUUUUCCCAGCAUCUAGAUGAAGUGUCAGGGCAGGGAAGGAAAGAAGUCUGGUAAGAAUCAGCUCAAGUCCCCAGGCCCAUCCUCCUCCCUUGCUCCUAACAUGCCCCUUUUACCCACUUGAAGCCCAAAUACAAGUGGAUGGGGGAGCCAAUAUGCUUCUACUCUGAGCUGGCUGCAGGACUCCAAGAACUCCUAUGUCCCUCUCAGACAGCAGCAGGAGGCCACAGGAUUCUAUCCUUAGUUUGUAAGAUGAAGCCAGCGCAGUCAUAAUGCUCAAAUGUAUAAUGGGCUCUAACUUGAAUCCAGUGAACUUCCAAUUUUAAAUUGAAUUAAUGUACAGUUUCUAUGCCGGCUCUGCAUGGUUGAGGGGCAAUUCUUAAUAAACUUCUAGUAAUAUAAAGUAGGCCAAGGGUGUCAAAGAAGUGGCUGCAUCCAUGGGCCUAGGCACCCUUUUACAACCCCUGGAACCAGUGGCUGGGUUCAUACAACAUAACAAGCACCAUGUUUUUUUACCGUUCUUGGUCUGAAUCCAGUCAUGGUAUUCACCAUGGCAAGACUGAGUUUUGGAAAACACAGUAAGAAGCAAAGUUUUCCUUUAUGGUUUCUCUGUACCACCAUGGCUUGUUAUGUUAUCUAAAUCUAGGAUCAUAGUUUCUAUGGUCUUGGUAUGCAACUACCACAGAGUAACUGGAAAGAGCAGCAACUUCAGGAACUGCUCUGGCCAUCCAGCCACUAACAUAAAGCUCUUACUGCAGUAGAACUUUUGUAUUACAGAAUGCUGGAAUGUUUUUACAAUUAACCCCUCUUUAAAAUAACAAGCCACCCAACUGUCUCAUAUUACUAAGUUUCGAUUAGUUAUUACUGCAGAAUGAUGUAAUGACAGAGAGCUUUCACCCAAACUUGAAGCACUGGAUUUGUGCAAUGAGAUUGGCUUGCUCACUGCUGUCCAAGUGGCUCCUGCGCUUGCCUUCUGCCAGCAAGAGCCUUCCAGGCCAUGUGCACAAGCUGCUUUCUAACUGUGCUAAGGCUCCCGUGUCUAGAAGAACCCUAAGUCAGCAAUCUACACAGAGACCCCAAGGGUUGUCACACCUAACAACAACCCAUGCAAUGUCACGGCCACAAGCUAUCUUUGCAUCUGGUUUAGGUAUGUCCCAGAAUUGGUUAUUACUUGAGCCGUUUCCCUGUCAACAACCCAGGGUCUCAACUUUGCAUGUCAUGCUGAACACCAUAGGCAUUCCAGGGUUGUCUGGUAAUCGGGAGCGGGUGGGAAGCAGUGCACUAACCCCAACCAAUCCCAAGUUCAUUAAAUAAAACAUUAAGGUUAGCCUUAAGGGCAAGUCUAAGAACAUUUGGCAGCGGCAAAGCAUAAGGAGAUGAGGCCUGAGAAAGCAACCACUAGAAAUUAACAGGAAUGCCAUGAGGCAGCUCUGGAAAUAGAUUGAGAUAUAAUCAAAAAGUACAUAAAAUAAAUCACUUUCUAAUUUACUUACUGUGUUUUUAACCCUCUUUUCAUACCAUUAUGCUCUCCCAAAGCAGCGCACAUCCUUCUAGGAGAUGCUAAAAACUGCUGGCUGUAUCUCCUACUAUGGUCAGCUAUCAGUCAGAUUUUCACACCUAUCUAGCGGAGGAAGAUCAGCCACGGCGAGCAACGUGCUGGGCGAUGGCAACAUCGCCUCCCGUCGGAGUUCUUCUGCUCCUCCCCUUCCGAAGCAAGCCCCAAAGCGUCGCAUGCUAGCCACAGGGACACCAGUGCAUCCAUUUCCUUUAAGGAAGCUGAAGGCAAUGCCAGAUGAACCCUCCAGCAAGGGUAGCAGGAUCUGUCGCAAGAAGUACCGCCUGAUUCGGUGAAUGCCUCAUACGCUGCGCCUGACUAAGUCCAAGCAUUGCAGGAGCACCUCGGACCGCUGGGAUCUCCGCCUACCAGUCUCGUAUUUGUGUGUGCCUGUGAAGUCACCUCUGACGUCACAAUGGUCCGGACCUCCCCUAUGCUUUUCUCUCGCAGGCUUUUCGCUCGGCCCUUUUCUCCCUUAAAAGGACAAUGGUACGCGCAUGCAAAAGAGCUCGAUUGAGGAGAAUUUAAGCCGUGGGAACGGCGCAUGCGUACACGGACUGGAAGUUAAGCCAAUGAUCCCAGACCUUGCAUCUAUCCAGACAUAGGAGUUAGACAACGAGGGUUGCGUAGAGGAGAGGAGGAGAAGGGCGGGGGAAGGAAGGAAGGAAGAGCGGUGCAACACCACAUCAUACCACGCUAUUGAUUUGUCGAAGGUUAAAAGAGGGAAGAAAACAUGUUUGGCUUCCACAAACCCAAGAUGUACCGGAGUUUAGAGGGUUGCUGUAUUUGCAGAGCCAAGUCUUCCAGUUCCCGUUUCACAGAUAGCAAGCGUUAUGAAAAGGAUUUCCAGAACUGCUUUGGCCUGCAUGAGGCCCGCUCAGGAGAUAUUUGCAACGCAUGUGUGCUUUUGGUGAAAAGAUGGAAGAAGCUGCCAGCAGGAUCAAAAAAAAAUUGGAAUCACGUUGUGGAUGCGAGGGCUGGACCAAGUCUGAAAACUACCUUGAAGCCAAAGAAGAUGAAAACUCUACCUGGCAGCAGGAUGAAGAGCAAUCAAAUAAGCAAAUUGCAGAAGGAGUUGAAGCGACAUAAUUCGGAUGCCCACAGUACCACUUCAAGUGCCUCUCCAGCCCACUCACCCUGCUACAGCAACCAGUCUGAUGAUGGCUCAGACACCGAGAUGACUCCUGGCUCCAGCCGCACACCUGUCUUCUCCUUCCUAGAUCUUACUUACUGGAAAAGGCAAAAAGUUUGCUGUGGAAUUAUUUACAAGGGUCGCUUUGGAGAAGUCCUUAUAGACACUCAUCUCUUCAAACCGUGCUGUAGUAACAAGAAGUCUGCAAACGAGAAGCCUGAAGCACAAGGCCUCCAGUCCCCAACCAUCUCCAACCAGGAGGAGUGGUGAUUUCCAGAGUCAGCUGCAGAAAGUGUAAAUGGAACCUUUUCUGUCUCUCUCAAAUGGCUUGAAAGUAACUUUUCCUCACUUUGGAAGCCUAUUAUGCUGCCAAAAGACUUUUUUUCCCUUGAACUUUUAAAGGAUUUUUUUACUGCUUCAGUUCCACUAAUUCAGAAACCUGUUUGUAUCUCUUCAGAAAAUUACUGUAAAUAAUAUUUAAGAGGCUCUAAACUAUGUAGCUGAGCUGAAAGCUGCUGUUCAGCCCCUUCUGCCCAUGCCACUUUUCCUCAAGCAGACCAAGGAGGUUGGUAAAGUGCUAUGUUUGGCAUUAGGACAACAACCCCCCCACCACCCAAAAGCCAGUUAGUUUUCUCCUCCUCCUGAGGAAAAUAGCAGUUAUUAUCUAAGGCAUGGACUUGGGUAGUUACGUUUUGUACACGGGGUCCCUGCUAUGUAUAUGUUGUAAAGUGUGGGGGCUCUUAGUUCUUACUACUGAUGGUUCAACCACAAUAAGUUGUUUUGCUUUUGCCUGUUUUGGACCAUGAGGUCAAGGACUGAGGGACUGGCCUCACAGAAUUACAUGGGUGAAGGGACAGAGAACACAACCAGCCUCGGGCAAAGUUAAGUUCUGAGGCUGGCCAUACUAAGAGGGAAGACUUCCCAAUGGACCAAGUGAUCUUUAUUUUUCCACUGUGCAGCCCAUGCUUGAGUUACGAAUUUGGUGGACUUCAUGGUAUUGUAAAACAACCUUUUCAAAUGUAUUGUUGGCUGCUUGUGUUGAGUUAUAUUGGGUUGUGGUGAACACACAAUACUAGGAGAAAUCCUUGUGCCAUCGGCUGCAAUCCCAUACCACUUCACCUGUAAGCCCCACUGAAGGUUAUGUCUAAAUAGGUAUGUAUAGGAGGGCAGUUUAACAUUGCCUUCCUGUUCAUACUAGUCAAGAAGUAAGACCCAUUGAAUUUAAUGGGCCUUACUCCUGGGUAAUUAUGUCAAAGAUAGCCUGUGUGUGUGAUUUUUCACUAAUCUCAUCCAGUUGUACAGUCUCUCAGAUAAAAAUGGAAUAAAAAUUAAGUAUUGAAACUGAAAAACUGCAGCACAGAGUGGGAAUGGCAGUCUGUCCAAUGUUGGUUAGAUUUUAGGUUCAGAGUAGCCCAGCUUGCACUCCCAAUCCAGCUGUUGCACGAGAUUAACAUGUUGACAGAAAGCCAUGAUGGAAGCCAUACUAACAAAGCUCAGGGUUAUGGUUCCUCCUCUUUCCAUUGGAUUCUGCAUCUUCACACUGUUCUGAUAAUAUGGUUAUGCAUCUAAGGAAGGACGAUCACAAUAGCAGCUGCCCCCUUCCCACCUUCAUUUUUAAGUUGUAAUCUCAAGAGAAAGUGCUCUAGGUUAGCGUUGCCUCUGUUGGCAAAAGCUAUCGUUUUUAUUUCUGUAAAUGUAUGCAUACAGAGUGGCAGCAUUCUCUUUUUCUCUUUACCUCCUUCCAAAUUUUAAAAUAGAAAUAUAAUUAAUAACAAUAGUUAUAGCACCAACUUUUAUGGUUGCCUUGUAAACAAGAUGGUUUGCUAAAUUAGCUAGAUGCAUACGGUGGCCCAUGUUUACCAAGUAGUUACUGAAUCACUUUUGCUGGUCCUUGAUCCGAGCAGCUGCAGUUCACAAAGCCCCUCCAGUAGCUCUUUUUGUGUCUCCCAGAAGUGCCUUGAAUCUCCCUGUACUUACUUCUCAUAUACCCAGCUUUCAGCACAGAGCUGCCCAGUUCUCUCUCCCAUUCUCUGAUAAAAUGACGUCUUCCCUUCCUCCUAAUCAGUGUCCCUUUUUGUACUUAAUUAGAUGUACUCAACAGUAUCAUUCCACAAAUUCAGAGAAAGCCAAGCUCCACAGAUGGUUUUUGUUGUAGUUAGGUGUUAGGGCCAGUAUCCAAAAAACCGCCGCAAAUGGCCAGUUCUACCCAUUUCCAUUCACAAGAGGUGCCCACUGCAUAAAGCAGCUCCGUCGGCCAGCCCUGGUCUGCAGAUGAACAUUUUUGCUUAUUUUGGGGCUUGCCCCUGUCGUGCUGAAUCUUCAUUCUACAAGGGACGGAUGCCACUGGUGCAACCAAUGCAGCAGGGCCGGCCACUUGUGCCACAGAAGAGCCGGGGGAGCAGCUGGUGUGGGAGCAUCAUUUGUAGCCCGUUGCACAUCCACCUGUACAACCAUUAUAUCCUUUGUGCUAAUGGAAUGACACGGAUGGAUGCAGCCCUGGGCACCCUAAACUUGACAAGCUUUCUUGAAGAAGGGGUCUGCUACUUUCUCCCUAGCACCCAUGACAAAUUGGGCCUCUCCUACUGUUCCAAGUUUCUUACCAUGUUUUUCAGUCUAGGCUGCAAGAGAGGAUGUGCUUUCUGGGGCAUUGCCACUGUCAGUUUUGGUAAGGCUUUUUGCUGAAGUCAAGGCUUUGCAGAAUCUUGCCAAACAUAAACCUAAAAUAUUUGUUUUCAAAUUGAGUCUGUCAUUGCCCAAGGAAAAAUUUCUGUUGGAUGAAGCAAGUGUGUGCCUGCUUUCAGAGGCCUAAGGAAGUCAGUGAGUAUGUUGCUGCUUUAGUUUGUAUGACUUUUAUCACUUCAUUCAAAUUGCAUGAGAAUUUCGACCUGUGUUCUGCAGUGCAUUACUACAAACAUGACUGGUUUCUUUCUUUUCCUUUUUUACACAUUUUGUCCAAUGAUAGGAGAUGUGACAGGACAAAAUAAAUCUGAAACACUGUCUUCCUACGUUACUUUUUAGGAUUUCCUUUAAUUGUUCUCCUACCUUCAACCCCACCCCCAUUUGUAAAUAGGAGAAAUAUUCUAAAGGGAGGAUAAGAUAGGUCUUUAUUUGAUACUGACUAGCCACGUGGAAUUUUGCUCGUUUGGUAAUCUCCAAAGGUUGCAUCCAGCAGUCCUGGCAACUUUUCUGUGUCCUUACAGCUUACUCUUGCUUUAGGGAACAAUCCAAUGUCCAUCAUACUCAAAGCAUUUAAGCGUCCAUUUCACCCAGACCAAAACACCACCAAGGGAGAGGGAAAGAGGCAGAGGUGCUCUUUGGCUGUGACUGUAAGAUCCGGCCUCCUCCCCUCCCUGCCUCUCAGCACAUUCCUUUACCCUCUCCAAAGCAGGUUUUGCACCUUGGAGAGGCAGCCGGAAGUGCUGGGUUGGGCUGAGGCUCUGCAUUUGGAGCCCCAGCUCCCAAGUAGCAAGACCUUUGAGCAGGAGACUCCAAAUAAUCCGUUGCUCUUUCAGAUAAUGCCAGGAGACCUUAAGAUUGUACCCUCCUUUUUAAGGGGUCAAUGGUUCUAUGCUUUUACAGCUACAGUAUGAAACAAUGUUCUUUAAUAUGGAUCAUCUCUUCUAUUUCUGUAUUUAUUUAUUUAUUACUACUACUACAACAGCAGACUGGUUUUUUCCUUUGCCUGCCUUCUCCUCCUCCUUCCUGACUAGUAACGCAAGACGAAUUGUAUGUAGUUAUGCACUUUGUAUUAAUGUAGUAGAAAUCUAUGAAACCUGUUUUUAUACUUUUUAUAUUGUUCAUACACUUGUAAUCCAAGCAUUUUUUACUAGGGUAAUGAAUAAAAGUUUAGACUUAUUUAGAAAAAUAAG